AUGUCUGAUGCCCCACAUCCGACUGGUCAGGUCGGCUCGCUCUCGGCCGAGCCCAGUGUUCGCGGGUCAGGGACGGCGGCCCCGCGCCCAAUGUUCGCAGGUCAGGGACGGCGGCCCCGAGCCCCGUGUUCGCGGGUCAGGGACGGCGGCCCCCGGUUAACCGGGACCCACAAGUUGAAGCCAGAAUUUCCCCAGCAGAGCCCAGGGACGUUGGCCUCAGCCCCUCAAGACUUUCUAGGGGCGCGUUUUCCGGGGCGGGGCAGUGUCUAUGUUUUUACCCUACGAAGCACUUGCCCUGCGUGGAAUAAGGAAAAAGAUGAAUUAGUGGCCUAUUUAGUUGAACCUUACAACUUAAGCAUUUUCAAAGCUUUAAGAUUCAGGCGUAGAGUCUGGUGUGAAGCCGUCUUACCCCAAAAUGUUGCCCCUUUGUCCAUGGAAAACAUUGGUGAACAAGUUGUGUGCCUGAUGGCCUAUCAUCUACUUUUUGCAAUGUUUGUCUGGUCGUACUGGAAAACUAUCUUUACGUUACCAAUGAAUCCUUCAAAAGAAUUCCAUCUCUCUUAUGCAGAGAAAGAGUUGUUGGAGAGAGAGCCCAGAGGAGAAGCCCAUCAGGAAGUUCUUAGGCGAGCAGCCAGAGACCUUCCCAUCUAUACCAGGACCAUGUCUGGAGCAAUCCGAUAUUGUGACAGAUGCCAACUUAUAAAACCAGAUCGCUGCCAUCACUGUUCUGUCUGUGAUAAAUGUAUUUUGAAGAUGGAUCAUCAUUGCCCAUGGGUGAACAAUUGUGUUGGAUUUUCAAAUUAUAAAUUCUUCCUCCUUUUCUUGGCUUAUUCUCUGCUGUACUGCCUUUUUAUUGCUGCUACAGAUUUACAGUAUUUUAUCAAAUUUUGGACGAAUGGCCUACCUGAUACUCAAGCCAAGUUCCAUAUUAUGUUUUUAUUCUUUGCUGCAGCUAUGUUUUCUGUCAGCUUGUCUUCUCUGUUUGGCUAUCAUUGUUGGCUAGUCAGCAAAAAUAAAUCUACUUUAGAGGCAUUCAGAAGUCCAGUAUUUCGACAUGGAACAGAUAAGAAUGGAUUCAGUCUGGGUUUUAGUAAAAACAUGAGACAAGUUUUUGGGGAUGAGAAGAAGUACUGGUUGCUACCCAUUUUUUCAAGUCUAGGUGAUGGCUGCUCCUUUCCAACUUGCCUUGUUAACCAGGAUCCUGAACAACCAUCUACUCCUGCAGGACUGAAUUCAACAGCUAAAAAUCCCGAAAACCAUCAAUUUCCUGCAAAGCCAUUGAGAGAGUCUCAGAGCCACCUUCUUACUGAUUCUCAGUCCUGGACAGAGAGCAGCACAAACCUGGGAAAAGGCAGAGCUGGUCUGAGCAAUCCUGCAUUAACCAUGGAGAAUGAGACUUAAAUCUUCAAGCAAAAUACAUUCAUAGUUUAUAAGAGUAUCAGUGCUGUAGAUGGAUGGAAGAGGCUUCCCACAGGAAGGUGCCAUUGGCCUUUGGCUGGAUAUGCAGAAUGUGGAUUGAUGAGUUCUACUCAAGCCACUGAUUAAAACACAAUGCAUUUUUGACCUAAUAUACAGAUUGUUAAAACUAACACAAAUUCCUAUUAAAUGUUAAAAGUAAUUAUGGUGUAUGAAUCAAGGGGGACCAUAUCUUCUAUCAAAAACUUGAAAUAAAUUCAUGGACCAGUUUUCAUCUGAA